AUGACCGUUGUCAAGCCCCACAAGACCAAGGCGUCGCCAUUGAGCAACAUUACGCCUGGUCUUGCCUUCUCGCAUUGCUUUUCGGCAAUAUUGUUCGCUUUCCUGUGCGCGCAUGCAUUGAAAAUAAAGCAAGUCCGCGAUGAGCUUGGAUUUUAUUGGAUCUAUCACAGCCAUCCCAUGAAUCAGUUGGUUCACUUCUUCUUUGUUCCGACUCUCCUCUGGACAUCGUCCAUCUAUUUUGUCCACUUGGAGCUGGCCAACAUUACCAUCAGCUUGCCCUUUAUUCCGACGCAUCGAAUCAAUCAUUCGACCAUAUGGAUGUCCUUUUUCGCCGUUCUUUACACGUCCCUCGACCCCGUCGGCGGUGCGCUGUACCUGCCCAUUCUAUACUUUUUCCAUUAUGGAUCCGCCGUGUGGCUUCACGAACGGGACCAACGAGCCAGCAAGUACAGGUCGUGGAAUGGAACUGGCAAGUUGCUACAGUGGGCUUUCUUGGUUCACGUUGGGAGUUGGGCCAUCCAGAUCUGGGCUCAUCAGCAUUACGAAAACGGUCGCCCGGCCUUGAUGGAUUCCUUAGCCCAAUCCUUGACAAUUGCACCACUGUUUGCCUUCUAUGAAGGACUAUGGUCUCUGGGUAUCAAUGGCCCUUUGAAGCAACACACAUUGGAGCAAGCUGAAAUAUUGACCAAAAACUUUUGCUCGUCCGAUUCUCUCAUGAACGUUUGUCAGAUAUUCCCAUCUACCUCGUGA